GUGGAUGACUUGGUUAUAACUUUUGCUUUCAGGAGCAGAGUAUGGUGUAUUUGACGUGCUUUGAGAGGUUUUCUGAAGAUACAAGAUCAACUUUUAUAUCAAGGUCAAACUCUUAGGAAAGCUUCUUUUGCCACACUCGUUUUUGUCUCAGUUUGUUGAAAAUGGCGGGUGUAAGCAGAUGCAUGAAGUACUCCAUGUUCAUCUUCAACUUUUUGUUUUGGGUCUGUGGUUGCAUUAUUUUGGGAUUCUCUAUAUGGAUGCGUGUUAGCAGUACUCGGCAGGAGGUAGAAAGCAGCAUACUUCCAGGAGCUAAUCUACUAAUAGCUGUGGGAGCCAUCAUUAUGGUCCUUGGGUUCCUGGGGUGUUGUGGUGCUGCAAAGGAGAGCCGGUGCAUGCUGAUGUUGUUUUUUAUUGCACUGCUUCUGAUCCUGAUUCUUCAGAUUGCAGGAGGUAUUUUAGGAGCAGUGUACAAACCUCAGGUGGAAGAAGCCUUUAACCUUACUCUAAGCGCAAGUGUGAACGCACUGCAAAGUACCACAGGAGAGUAUAAAGAGUACCAGGAGGAGUUCCAGAAGUUGCAGGAAAAGGAGAAAUGCUGUGGAUUGCUGAAUGGACCUGAAGACUGGGGAGAAAACUUUAACAAACCUUCCUCAAAGAUCUGUGAGUGUAAACUAGAAGAGGCAUCAUCAGACCUUUGCACCAAAUAUCAAGCCAGAUUCAUCUAUAAAAAGCCUUGUGGAAAAGUGAUUAUGCAACAAAUUAAAGACAGUCUGGUCAUAAUUAUGGGGGUCGCCUUUGGACUGGCUGUUGUUGAGAUUCUUGGUUUGGUGUUUUCCAUGAGCCUCUACUGCCAGAUCGGGAGAAAAUGAAACUGUGAAAAUGUCAGUAUGAUGUCACCAGUCAAAUCAAGACCUUUCUAGAAAGAAGGCUAGAGAUUUGGCUGGGCACAGUCAGAUGAAUAUAUGCAUGUCCCAGGCAGCUGUUUUGAUGGAAACGGCAGCCCUUAUGCUCAUGGAUGCUUGACAACUUGCAAAAUGACCUCUUUUAUUUCAUAAGACUUAAUGAUGUGAAUAUGAUUUUUUAUUUGCAAUAAACAUCUUUGUUUAUA